AUGUACGACUUAGAGGUUUAUUUUUCAGUGCUCGCGGUGGUGCUGGUGUUCUACAUGCGUGCCCACAAGGCUACGAUGAUGCGGUACCGCGCCCAGGUGCCUCUUCUAUAG